CACUGCCAAUGAUUCUUACAAACUUGUUCUAUUACUUAAUCACUUUGGUUUCUGUCAUGCUUGUUGGUCACCUUGGUGAGCUUCAGUUAGCCGGUUCAACUCUCGCUCAUUCUUGGUUUAGUGUCACCGGCUCCGCGGUUAUGGUAAUUUACAAUUUUUGUUUGUUUCCUUAAAAAAUUGUAUGUGUUCCUUAAGUUAGAAAUAUAGUUAUCCUAGUUGGGUUAAAACAAUUAUUGGCUUCAUUGGACCUCAGAGACUUGGACUUGUGGGAACCUCAUUGUCCUUUGAGAUUAAUUAUUGGUUGAAGAUGGACAUAAGAACUUAAUUUGCUUGGAUUGAGUUCUCUUCGAUAUUCACCGGUUGGAUAUUCUUACUGUUAAUUUUCAUAGGGUAUACAUACUUAAGCAUUAUUGGCCUCCAAAUAUGGUUUUAUUGCUGCUCUGCACCAGAAUGUAAAAUUGCUUCAGGAUGCUUAUGCAAAUUCUAAAAUAAAGCUUGAACAAAUUGUUUCAUGCAUGCUGUAUUGUAGCGGGUUGUGGCGCAUUAUUACCAUGACUCCUGAAUUUGCAUUGAUGUACUUGGAGCUGCCUUCUAGCAUCCUAAUGACUGAGGCAGUUAUAUCUGUGACUGAUGUUUCAAGGCAGUAUCUUCCUAGCCGAUACGGGAAUAUAACAAAGUUCCAAAAAGAGGUUAUGACCUUGGCCCUAUUUUUCAUAGAACAGGUUUGGAAUCGCCAACUGUCGCUGUGUGUGGUGAACUUUUAUCUAAAAUGUGAUGAGUGUGACAAUUUGUUCAUAUCUAGCCGGGUUUAUUCUCAGGUGUUUUACUUGAGGGGGCAAGAGUUUUUCUAUCAGUAUAUUGUAACAUGGAUCAACAAAGCUCUUUCCAUUACUUUGGGUUGUUUUUUGGAAUGCAAGAAAAGGGGUUAGUGAGCUUCACUGUGGCCUAUCAAUUUUCAGUGAGAUCAAGAUUGACAGAAGAGUUUUUUUAGCAAAUAUAAAGGCAAAUACACAUUCACAUGUGGCAAGGCCCUUGUAUACAGAAACAUGCGCAUUGAUUAUGCUAAAUUUGUGGCUGAAUGUGGUUUCACUAGCAGAGUCUUUAGUUCAGACUGUGGGAUCCAGGAAAGGUAGUAAUAAGAUUUUACAACCUUGAGGUCAAGGUUGUUCUUGAAGCGGUUGGUUUAAGUGGUUCACUAGAAACACUCUGUGGACAAGGAUUUGGUGCAAAGGAAUAUCAAAUGUUGGGAAUUUAUUUACAAAGCUCCUGCAUUAUAUCUUUUAUUUUUUCAAUCAUUAUAUCCGUUAUUUGGUUCUAUACACAACACAUUCUUGUGUUUCUUCAUCAAUCGCAAGACAUUGCUAGAACAGCAGCACUCUAUAUGAAGUUUCUUAUACCAGGAAUAUUUGCAUAUAGCUUCUUGCAAAACAUCUUGAGGUUUCUACAAACACAAUCUGUAGUCAUGCCACUGGUUUACCUUUCAGCUAUUCCAGCAUUGCUUCACGUGGGAAUUGCUUAUGGGUUUGUUGAAUGGGCAGGUUUGAAUUUCAUAGGUGGACCUAUUGCAACUUCAGUUUCGAUGUGGAUAAUAAUGACAUUGUUAGGCUUAUAUGUCUUGUAUGCAAAGAAGUUCGAGAAAACAUGGAGAGGAUUUACAAUGCAGUCAUUUCAUUACUUGUUUACAAACAUGAAACUUGCUCUGCCUUCUGCAGCAAUGGUGUGUUUGGAGUAUUGGGCUUUUGAAAUCAUGGUUUUCCUAGCUGGAUUACUGCCUAACUCACAAAUCACAACUUCGUUGAUUGCAAUAUGUGCAAACACAGAAUCAUUUGCUUACAUGAUCACUUACGGUCUUGGUGCUGCUGCAAGUACAAGAGUUUCCAAUGAAUUGGGAGCAGGUCACCCAGAAAGAGCCAAACAUGCAAUGAGAGUCUCUCUAAAGCUCUCUCUUCUCCUUGGAUUGGGUUUCGUUUUGUUACUUGUAUUUGGUCAUGAUUUAUGGAUUCAGCUGUUUAGUAAUAGUCCUGUUAUCAAAGAGGAGUUUGCUUCAAUAACACCCUUGCUUGCUAUUUCCAUAUUACUAGAUUCUGUCCAAGGGGUCUUAUCAGGGGUGGCUAGAGGAUGUGGUUGGCAGCAUUUAGCUGUUUAUGUCAACCUUGCAACUUUUUAUCUCAUUGGUUUACCAAUUUCAUGUCUCCUUGGAUUUAAGACCAAUUUGCAAUAUAAGUUUGGAGUAUUGGGCUUAUAUUAUGAAUUUUACUAUUUUUAUACUUUUGCAAGUUUGGAGUAUUGGGCUUUUGAAGUUCUGGUUUUUUUAGCUGGAUUAAUGUCUGACUCGCAAGUAACAACUUCAUUGAUUGCAAUAUGUACAAUCACACAACUCGUUGCUUACAUGAUCACUUAUGGUCUUAGUGCCGCUGCAAGCACAAGGGUUUCCAACGAAUUGGGAGCAGGCCAACCGGAAAGAGCUAAACAUGCGAUGAGAGUCACUCUAAAGCUCUCUCUCCUCCUUAGUUUAUGUUUUGUUUUGAUACUUGUAUUUGGUAAUGGUGUAUGGAUUCAACUGUUCAGUAGUAGUCCUACUAUCAAGCAGGAGUUUUCUUCAAUAGCACCCUUGCUUGCUAUUUCUAUACCUUUAGAUUCUAUCCAAGGUGUCUUAUCAGGGGUGGUUAGAGCUUGUGGUUGGCAGCACUUAGCUGUUUAUGUCAACCUUACAACUUUUUAUCUCAUCGGUUUGCCCAUUUCAUGUCUCCUUGGAUUUAAGACUAAUUUGCAAUUUAAGGGUUUAUGGAUCGGUCUGAUUUGUGGGCUGGUGUGUCAAACUGGGGCACUUUUACUUUUGACAAGGCUUGCCAAAUGGACUAAACUGAAUUUCUCAGAGAACAAAAAUCAAGACCAACAUAUUGUUGUUUAACAACUGAAUGUCUGCCUAUUAGGACUAAAUAAGUCUGUGUUUAGAACCACAGUGUUCAUGUGUUGCAGAGUUAAAUAUUUACACAUAUGAUGUAACUAAGUUUUCUAUAAAGUGGUUUCUAUUCCAGAAUAGGACAGGAACUCCAAUUGCUGCAUCCCACAAAUUCUUUCAACUAGAUAAUUAGUUUUGCUGCCAAAGGAAAGUAGUAUAAUUAUGAGGCGGACACCGGAUUGAGCGUGUUGGGGUUUUCGACACUUGAAUAGAUGUCUCAUACUCGUAUGAAAAUCAUAUGACACAUGUCGGACAAUUCAGAGAAGCGUUCUAUACAUAUCAACUUACCUAUCUUAAAUGCAUUGGAUUUAUCGAUUGAGUGCUGAUACUUGAUAUUUCCUGCAGGACUAUUAGCCAUUUGUACUUUGACAUAUAUUAUAACCCAAAAUAUAGUCUAUUAUCA